GCUAAUUUCUAAACACACUCCGAUGGCAGAUUCGGAUCAAAACCCGCUUCUCCCACCAUUGUUAGACGUGGAAUCAGAACACGAGUAUUAUUAUCCGUCCCUCGACUCCACCAUCGAACACUGCAUCGGCGACUUUGGGUGGACCCACAUAUUCCAAGCCACCCUCGUCUCUUUCGCAUGGUUCUUCGACGCACAGCAGACCUUCAUCAGCGUCUUCACCGACGCCGAACCCAAAUGGAGUUGCACCGAUAACAACCCAUCAUGCAGCAACAACAACAAUAACGUUAACACGUGUCAACUUUCCGGCGACGCGUGGUCCUGGGAUUUUCCGGCGAGCACCUCCAUCAUCUCCGAGUGGUCCCUCCAGUGCGCCGGAUCCAUCAUAACAGGCCUCCCGGCUUCUUCCUUCCUCUUCGGCUGCCUCGUCGGCGGCUUCGCGCUCGCCACGCUGGCGGACUCGUCUCUGGGCCGGAAAAACAUGCUGGUGUUGUCCAGUCUGGUUAUGGCGUUGACCGGCGUGCUGACGGCGGCUUCAACUAACAUAUGGAUGUACGUUGCUCUGCGAUUUAUCAGCGGGUUUGGCAGAGCAACUGUUGGCACGUGUGCUCUGGUUUUGUCGACGGAGCUUGUGGGGAAGAAAUGGAGGGAGAAGAUGGGGAUUAUUGGGUUUGUUUGUUUCACUCUUGGCUUUCUCUCUCUACCGGCGAUUGCUUUCUCUCUCAAGGGUUAUUCGUGGAGGCUGAUGUACAUCUGGACAUGUGUUCCGUCAGUUUUCUACUCACUUUCGGUUUUCUUCCUUAUCCGAGAGUCGCCGAGGUGGCUUUAUAUCAAGGGAAGGAAGGAAGAAUUUGCCGAAACCCUAAGGAGCAUCGCCGCUCCGACGAACCGGAGCAGUUUGACUCAGAGCUUCUUCGGGAGGUGUACGGAGUGGGGGGAUGAUCAGAAACCAGAGGAAACCGAUAUUUUCUCCGCCGUGAAGAUUUUGCUGAGUAGGAGGUGGUCGCGGCGGCGGUUGGUGGCGGUGACGGUGGUCGGAUUCGGCAUCGGAAUGAUUUACUACGGGAUGCCUUUGGGGCUUGGAAACCUAUCGUUUGAUUUGUACCUCAGCGUCACUUUAAAUGCGCUGUCGGAAUUUCCGGCGUCGUUCCUCACGUUUGUGCUGAUCGGAAAACUUGACCGGAAGGGUUCGAUAUUGGGGCUGUCGUUGCUGAGCGGGAUGUGCAGCGUGGGGUGCGUGGUGGUGACGUGGCAGGUGACGCAGAUCGCGCUGGAGCUGGUUUCGUUCUUCAGCGCGUGCACGGCGUUCGACGUCGUUCUGAUAUACACGCUGGAGCUGUUCCCGACGUGCGUGAGGAACUCGGCGGUGUCGAUGGUGAGGCAGGCGCUGGUGUUCGGCGGCGCGCUCAGCCCGGUGCUGGUGGCCGCCGGGAGGAAGAAUAGGUUCCUGUCGUACGGCGUGUUUGGGGUGGGGGUUUCGGUGUGCGCGCUGUUUGUGGGGCUGUUGCCGGAAACUCGGGGGAGGGUUUUGUGCGAUACUCUCGAGGAAGAAGAGCGGAAAGACGAUGCUGCGUCAGCGUUUGGUGGGGCCCACUGUGUUUGAAUUUAAAGCUCUGUGAUUGGUUAUUAGUUGUACGAAUUACGAUUAAUAUUUGGAUGUAAACAUGUCGUUUACACCAAAAUUUACUGUUAAUUUACUGUACGACUGUGUAGUCUGUUUGUUUGUUUCUUCUUUUUUUGA